UCUAGACCCCUUUACCUUUUAAUCUUCUUGUUGCUCUCCCCAAACAUUUUUAUCAAGAUGGUUUCUCUAACGGCAAUCGCCUCGUCAAACAUAGGCAACAGAUAUUCUCCCAAGCAAUCGCCAUUACGUGCUUUCGUCCCAGCCUCGUAUCAGAUCAUUUAUUUACCACCUUAAACCCUCCUUAUACGUCUCCGCCCUUCCAUAUUCCAACACACCGACGAGGAAAUCAUCAGAACAGAAAGGAGAUAGACCGAGAAUACAUCAGCCACACUGACUGCCAAGAUCAAUGCGCGUUCUUGACCUAAUCCCAACAUAGGAUGGACUCUUACUCAUACCGCGAUGCUUCCGGGCGUUCUCCCACCGAACGCGGUUGGGGCGGCCGCGAAGACCGCGUCAAAGAUGAGUCGCGAGACAACUUUUAUCGUGGUCGCUCUCCCGGUGCGUUUUUACUUGAUUCUUUCAAUUGCCACGACCGUAGUCGCCGCAACCGAUCCCGGUCACCUCCGCCCGUCGAUCGGUACGAGCCUAGAGGACGGGGUAGGGAUGAUUACGCUGGCACUCGUGACCGAGAGGAUCGACGACGCAUUACUUCACCUCCUGCGAAUAUUGAUCGUUAUGUUCCGGGCCAAGGGGGUAACCAGCCACCUCAGCCUACUGUGAAUCCAUUGACGGAUCCUGUCAAACUGCCGUUCCAGGUUGGAUUUUCCUAUUUUGGUGAGUGGUGGCGAGCCAAUGAGAAGAUCAAGGAGGAGAAGGAUCGUACGCGUCCGGGCCGGAGGCGCGAACCUGACCGUCCCCGUGGCCGCGAUACCCAAGAAGAUCGUGACAAGGAGAAGGCAAGGAUUCAAGCCGCUUAUGAUUCGUACAAAGAAGAGCUUCAGGCAAAAAUGGCCAGAACUUUUGUCGCUGAGCACAAGAAGGAGCAGUGGUUCCGUGAGCGAUACGUCCCCGAUGUUCGAGAUCCCUUGCGUAAGCAGAUCAAUGAAUUUCGUCGUGGAGCGUACAGCCAGUGGGAGCAAGAUUUGGAAUCCGGCACCUUCGACGACUUUUCUCUAGAGGGAAUUCCGAAGAGUGAAAGCAACGGUGCUGGUGGCAUUGUUGAGAAGGAAGAAGGUGAAGCAACGGCUGCAAAUGAAGUUCUCGGUGUUGGCGAUUUAGUUCCUGCGAAUGGUAGUGACCUCCGUGAUGAGAAUUUGUAUCAGCCCACUCUUCUGAUUAAGACCAUUGCCCCUCACGUCAGUCGCCAAAAUCUAGAGUCUUUCUGCAAGGAGCAUUUAGGCGAAGAGGAAGGCGGUUUCAAGUGGCUAUCCCUCAGCGAUCCGAACCCUAGCAAGAGAUAUCAUCGUAUGGGAUGGGUCAUGUUACACCCGUCGUCUGAGACAGCAGUGCCUGUCGAACGUACAGACCCGAAAGACGAGGAAGGGGACGUAAAGGUUGAUCCGCUCGAGCCUGUCUCUACGGCUGACAAGGCUCUCGAGGCCGUCAACGGUAAGACGGUCAAGGAUGAAGUUCGAGGUGACUUUGUAUGCCAUGUUGGUGUCCACAACCCUCCCAGCAACCCUCGCAAGAAAGCCUUGUGGGACCUCUUCUCUGCCCCUGAGAGAAUUGACAAAGACCUGAGCCUAGCCCAGCGUCUCGUCAACAAGUUCGAAGAGGACUUCGGCUCAGAUUUCAAUGCCACCCUAAAAAUCGAAGAAAGGGUAGACUCUCUCCGCAGUACGGGAACUCUCCAACCAGCCAUUCCCGCGCCAACAACCAAGAAAACUAAGAAGGAGCGCAAUCUCGAUUUUGACGAUGCUAUGGAUGAAGGCGAGGAAGGCGAGAUGGGCGAGUCCGACGAAGAGGGCGCAGUUGAUGAUGAAGUUGACGACGAGGACCUUCUCGUGAAGAAGAAACAGCUCGAUCUCAUGAUUGAGUAUCUUCGUCGGGUCUUCAACUUCUGCUUCUUCUGCGUCUUCGAAAGCGACUCCAUUCACGAGUUGACCAGAAAAUGUCCUGGCGGCCAUCUUCGUCGGCCUCGAAGCACGCUCUCCUCAGCUGCCAAGAAUGUCGCCCGCGCCAGCGCCAGCGGCGAUCCAUUCCCUUCGAAGAAGCCUAAGGAUACAAAGGAUGAAGAAGAAGGAGAAGCGAGUGAGCAGGAUCGUAAAUUCCGCAGUGCCUCUUCUAGAUCCGAGCAGCAAUUAGAGCGAGCCUACAAGUGGGUGAAAACGUUUGAGGAUAAGAUUAUGCAGAUUCUCGAACCGGAAACCGUAGACAUACGAAAACUUGGUGGCAAACCAACCGAAGAUGCUCUCAAUGAUGAGCUUUCCAAGUUUGUUAAGCAGGAGGACGAGCACAAGUGGAGGUGUAAGGUUCCGGACUGUGCCAAGCUUUUCAAGGAGGACCACUUCUGGAAGAAGCACGUCGAGAAACGACAUACUGACUGGUUAGACGGGAUGAAGCAAGAGUUCGAUCUUAUCAACGCGUAUGUAUUAGAUCCGGCACAUAUCGCACCGUCCAGGACCGAUGCCAACAGCAAUGGCCAUUUCCCGCCCGCCAAUGGUCAAACCCAGCAAGGGACUCCACGUGGAUUCAACCUACAGAACUUCGCCAUGAAUAAUGUGGUACCCCCCUUUCCCAGCUUUCCUGGCCUCCCAAGUGUGCCCCCACUAUUUGCGGGCAACCACGGCGGUGUGCAGGCCGCCGGAUGGAAUGCUGGAGGUGAAGAGCGCGGCAGUGGACCUAUUCGUCGUGGUGGUGCCAAUUCUGGUAGAUACCAAAAUCGCUCCGGACCCUACGAUCGACGCCAACAACAGGGACGUUGGGGUCAGGAUGGUCAGGGCGCAGGCCGUGGCGGCAGAGGUGGUGCUGGCCGCUGGGGCGACGGUGCUGCAGGUGGAGCGGCGGUCGGCCCUAGAGAAGCUGUUCAAGGUCGUAGUCUUAAAAGCUACGAAGAUUUGGACCACGUCGCUAGUGGUGGUGGUUCCGAGCUUAACUACUAACCCAGCACGUCUAUGAAUAUUGAAAGAAUCGACCAAUACACGAAGAUUUCAAGUACAUAUCAUACGCAAGUCGUUUGCUCGUUAUUUCAAUUUUCCGUUGACGAAUAUCGAGGCGAAAUACAAUGGGAAAAGGCGGC